AAGAUGAUAUCUCAAUGGUAGUUGAAAAUAUUCUUGAAAAUAUUAACUAUAGAGAAAUGGAAGAAACAGAGUUGUUUCAAGAUCAUAAUUCUUUUAAACAAAAUGUUCAGUUACAAAGUUCUUCGGAGGAAAGUUUGAAAAUGGACUGUGAAGAACAAUGUGACAACAAUGAGUGGAAUCAGAUCCAUCUAGGGAACAAGAAAAAGGUAACUAAAUCUGAUGGCAUAAACAAAAUAAAACUUUUUCUUCAGAAAAGAAUCAAAAUUCCUAUUAUUGGUAAAAAAAAGAUUAAGAAAAAGACCUGGAGGAUGAGUAAACCAAGAGAAACGAUUGAACAAAAAGAAAUCAGAAGUAUACAAUCAAGUUUAAAUAUGAUGAAAAUAUCACAUCCAGAAGAACGUAACAGUGUGGAUGUUACUACAGAAGAGAACUCUCCCUCACAAGGUGGAACUUCUAGCACUGAAAAAACAUUUGAACAUGAUUAUGGUAUGGGUAAAGCAAUGACAGAGGUACCCAGUCGUGAGGAAUUCAUCUGUAGUGAGGCCCUGGAAGAUACCUCAGCUAAUGCACAUAUCCCAGAAGAUUUGGAAAUUGAAUUUCCUCUGAGUGAUAUUUCUUGGCCAUCAGGAAUAUCAUCAAGUCACAGCAAUUCAACCACCAUAUCUGGAACUGAGGUGUCUUACAUCAGCCAGAGUGUACUAAUAGUUGAAGGAACAGAUAAUUUCAAUUUAUUGGCUCCAACUGAAUUGGAUCUGAAUCAGUCAAUUGUAACAAAAUCAGAUGACUCACCUGGCAUAUUAUCCUUAAUAGAUAUUUCAACAGAUAGUCAAAAUCCUCAGAGAGCUAGUGCUGACCCCUCAGUCCUGGCGGGGGACAUAUCCAGUCCUGGUAGCGGUCAGUCAGAGUCCACCUGCAGUUCCCCCACCACCACAGCACAUGACACAGGAGGUCUGGUGGGCAACAACGGAGCGGGAGGGUCAUUGCCUCAGUACUCCCAGUCUUGGCCUAAUCUCGGAUCCGAUGUCAGUGUUCUGGGGGUGAAGAGUGAAGUAUGCAGUCCUGCCAACUCUCUCAGUCAGCCUGAUCCUCUCUACUCCAUCGCAGGCGACACCGUCUCUUAUCCUGAUACCACUAAAGAUCCUCAGUACCAGUACUCGUCUACAGCACAGCAAUAUUAUUCCAGCAUGCAGCAGGCCUACAACAACCAGAGUUCGGUGGCUUACAUGAACUCAAGUUUCUACAACUCAACAGCAUACUCACCCUCUGCCUACCCCUCCACAAACAAUGGCCGGACGGCAGUAAACCAGUGCAACAAGGGAGCUAAUGGUACAGCAGCCAACGGCUACCUCAACUAUAGCGGCUACAGUCAAAGCAACUCAGCUGCCUACGCUGCGGCCGCUUACUCGGCGGGCUACAACUCGCACAACUACUCCACUCAACAGGACUACAGUGGUUAUGGUGGUGGGUAUAACCAAGCACUCAGCUACUAUGGCUACACUCCUUAUGUCAACAGUUCUGGGGGCUCCUACCCCCUCCCUGCCGUGGGUCUGCCAGACUCACCUGUGCCCUCUGAGCCAGAGUCCCCCAUCAAGGCUGACCCUAAUAACCGGAGGUCCAACUCCAGUGAUGCCAACCAGAGGAUGGGUCGAGGGAGAGGACGCCGCGUGGUUGGCAACCCUGCAUCCAGCCCUCCAUCAGCUCUCCCUGAAAACUCCCUGGACAGAGUAUUCAUCUGGGACUUGGAUGAGACCAUCAUAAUAUUCCACUCCCUCCUCACUGGUUCCUAUGCUAGCAAAUUCUCUAAGGACUCUCAGUCUGUGAUCAACCUUGGCUUUCGGAUGGAAGAGAUGAUCUUCAACAUGGCCGACACACACCUCUUCUUUAACGAUGUUGAAGACUGCGACCAAGUGCACAUAGAUGAUGUCAGCUCUGAUGACAACGGCCAGGAUCUGAAUGGGUAUAACUUUGCGACUGAUGGCUUCACAGCAGGGGCUGCCGGAGGUGUGCCAGGACCUGUAGCAGGGGGGGCCCUGUGUCUGGGUGGAGGCGUACGGGGUGGUGUUGACUGGAUGAGGAAACUGGCGUUCCGUUACCGCAAGGUCAAAGACACCUACAACAACUACAGAAAUUCUGUUGGUGGACUGUUGGGACCAGGCAAGAGGGACCAGUGGCUACAGCUCAGGUCAGAGAUAGAGAACGUAACAGACAACUGGCUCUCUAUGGCUAUCAAGUGUCUCACUCUCAUCAAUUCAAGGCCAAGCAAUGUCAAUGUACUGGUGACCACCACACAACUAGUGCCUGCUCUUGCCAAAGUUCUACUGUUCGGGCUCGGAGGGAUUUUUCCCAUUGAAAACAUCUAUUCUGCAACCAAAAUUGGCAAGGAGAGCUGUUUUGAGAGAAUAAUCGCCAGGUUCGGCCGCAAGUGCACAUACGUGGUGGUGGGUGAUGGACAGGAUGAGGAAGCGGCUGCCAAAACUAUGAAUUUCCCAUUCUGGCGGAUCUCCUCUCACAGUGAUCUGGCUGCUCUAUACAACGCCCUGGACAUGGGAUUCCUCUAGUGUCACCUAGUCCAAAUCUUCUCUGUCUGUACAUAACCACCUCUGUCUCUAAUGUACAUUCACUCAAUAACUCAUUACCUUCUUUUUACAUAAUAAUUGUAGAUGUGUACAUUUUUGUAGAACUGAAAAGAAUAUAUUUAAUUUCAAGUA